AUGACAGUCCAACACCGCAUCGGAAUGGCACCCCUCACCCGCUUCCGCGCAACCAAAGAUCGGACCCCAACAGAGCUGAUGAAGGAAUACUACAUUCAACGCGCGGCGGUACCAGGCACUUUGAUAAUCACCGAGGGAGCCUUCAUCUCCGCAGCCUGCGGCGGAUUCCCGCACGCGCCCGGAAUCUGGCGCGAAGACCAAAUCACGGCUUGGCGAGCCAUUACCGACGAGGUCCAUCGCAAGGGAUGUUUCAUUUUCUGCCAGAUAUUCGUUAUGGGCCGGGCCGCGGAUCCAGAUGUGUCAAGGGAAGAAGGGAUUGAGAUUGUCGGGCCCAGUGCGAUUCCUAUGUCGGGGGACGCACCGGUGCCUAGGGCAAUGUCUCUCGACGAAAUCAAGCAGACGGUUCGGGAUUUCGUUGUUGCUUCGGAGAAUGCUAUUCGCGCGGGGUUCGAUGGGGUUGAGAUUCAUGGUGCGAAUGGGUACCUGCUGGACCAAUUUAUUCAAGAUGUUAGUAACCAGCGCGAAGACGAGUACGGUGGGAGCGUGGAGAAGAGAUCUCGGCUUCUGGACGAGGUGCUGGGUGCAGUUGUUAAUGCCAUCGGUUGCGAGCGGGUCGGACUUCGUCUGAGUCCCUGGAGUGAAUUCCAGGGUAUGAGGAUGCAGGAUCCUAUACCCCAAUUCACGAAUGUGAUCAAGCGGGCCAGUGAGGCGAAGAUCGCAUACCUCCACCUCGUGGAGUCGCGGAUCUCGGGCGCCCAUGAUGCAGACGGUCAUGACCGAUUGGAUUUCGCGUAUGAUCUCUGGGAUGGUCCGCUUUUGGUUGCUGGUGGGUAUGAGCCGGUGGAAGCGCGGGAGUUGGUGGAUGUGAAGUUCCCCGGUAAGGAUAUUAUGGUCAUGUUUGGUCGGCAUUUCAUCUCGAAUCCGGAUCUCGUUUAUCGGAUGGAGAAGGAUCUGGAGCUCAAUGUGUACCAGAGGGAGACUUUUUACACUCUUGAGUCGAGGGUUGGGUAUGCGGAUUAUUCUUUCAGCAAGGAGUAUCUGGCCAGCCAGACAGCGGUCUAG